CGGGGUGGUUGGCCGUUAUGCGUCUUGGUUCUGGUGGUUCUGACCCUAUUUUUUUAGCAUCUGCUGUUGCUGUGUAAUUUCUGAAUGAAGACAAUCUACAAAAAGAAAUUCUUCCCACCUUAUAAGGAAAUCCCAGCAGAAGGGGGCGGGGCCUGUCCCUGCUGUCUCCAUGGUAACACCUUUGUUGUUGCUAACUGAACUGUCUCUGCAAUCAGACAUGGAGGAUCAGAAGAAUCAAACUUGUGACUUUUACCGCACCGAUCCGGAUCUGCCAGAGAGAUUCAACAACCCUGAAUUUUUCAGCACUUUCAGGGUGAGGAAGACUCAUCCUUUAUAUUGGACCUGGAACCAAACAUACGGCAGCAAGAAACCAACAGUUCAUGAGAUGCAGACUGGUUUCAAAGUGAUGUCUCACCGCUUCUCGGAACACUACCUGCGGUUCGGGAUGCAACGCGAUCAGGGCUUCAACACGGCAGUGGACCGGAGCCGGGUCAUGCAUCCCAUGGAAACCCAGAACAAGAGAUACCAGCUGCAGCACGUGUAUCUCUACGGACACCAAUGCAGAGCGUCCAGCAAUAAAUAAUUUCCUGCUCUCUGA